AUGAGCGCCUUACGAGACAUCUUGGAAAAGGUAAUUUUAAAUAUCAUAAGAUUAUUAUUAAGACAUUAUUUAAUACUUUAAUGUAUCAUAAUAUCUUAUAAUAGGGUAUUUUUUACAAUAUUAGCUGGCUAUAUUCUUGACUAUCAAACAAAUUACAAUACAUUUUAACAAAAAAGCUGACUAAAAUGACGUUUUAAUGCCAGAGGAACUAAUUUUAUAAGUGUUAAAACAGCUACCCGCUUUAAAGUUCAGAGAUGCAAUUAGAUCUAAACUAAAUUAACUUUAAGGCGUUUGAUUAUGUUGUUUUUUUGCUUUGCAAACAUGUUUGUAAUUUCAGAUGUAUGUUGAAGAUGAAUUGCUCAAUCAACUUGACGAUGAACAAAAACAAAUUUUGUUCAUUAAAAUGCGAGAAGAGCAGAUUCGUCGGUGGAAACAGCAUGAAGCCGAAGCCGAGGAGAGGGAAAAGCAACAGCCACCAAAGCCGAGAGAUACUCGACGAAUACAGUAAGUUAGCGUGAUUAGUUUGUGCAAAAUUCAUUUCUUAAUCAUUUUUGCCUCAAUUCGUUUUAUAAAAAUUUUUUAAAAUUUUCUUGUUUUUCGAAUACAAUGACAUUCUUAAACCUUUGUUUCAGAUGGCUCACCGGCCGCGACGGCGAAGUUUGGGUAUGGGUAAUGGGAGACCACCCAGCUGACCCGUCCAUCGACGACAUAAUAGAAGAUGAAGCCCGAGUAAAGGCUCGACAGCUAGCCGAAAUGGAGCUAGCCAAUGACCGAAACGUGACAGCUGGUGCAGUACCUACACAUCCCCCAAAAGCCCUACAUCCUUCGAUUUCAGCACGAGAAGAGCAACUUAAACAAGAGUUGCGUAACAUGCGUAUUGGAGGAAGUUCUUCAAGUAGUUUCGAAGACAAUUCAUUCUCAAAGGCUAGCUCAAGCGACGACGGGUACAAACGACCGGGCGCUCAAUACGAAAACGGGUACAAAAGUCAAGUCAGAUACGAAGAUAGUCCUCAACAUAACAGAAAAAUCCAUUCACAAGGUGACGUUCCUUAUUAUUCACAACUGCGCCGCUCACCGCCUGAAGGAAUUGAGUUGGAAGAUGGCAGGCGUUUGUAUAUAAAGCCAACCAACAACAUAUUGGAGAAUACUGUUAGAGAACAGUUCAAUGGAAGUCCAUUCCGAAAAGAAGCUGAAAACAAACUGAGUGGUACUACUAUUGUCUACGAUAGAGGGUCAGAUAAUGAUGAUAUACCACCAUCUCCAAGGCUUGCUGAAGAAUAUGGAGAUAAAAGAAAACCAAAUGGUAUUCUCAACCUCAACAACACUAGAGCGAGAAGUUCUCCAUUAAAAGAUGUUGAACAAAAAUCCACAAUACCUUUGUGGAAUAGAGAAAAAAGUAGCAGUAUUGAUCCAGACACUGGGCGACAAUCCGAUGAAAUCAUUCGAGACCAAAGAAGGCCAUCGUGGAAUACAAACGGUAGUACUGGUGGUAAUGUUGUACAACGCUUCUUGGACGAACACGAUCCAAAAAGAAGAGCAGCACGGGAUAAAUCACCAGUAAAACUCAAUAGAUCGACAGAAGAAAGUCCACGAAGAAGUAACAGUCGUGAAGCCAGUCCACGCCGAAGACUUGGUAGCAAAUCAAGAAGCAAGAGCCCUCUGAAACCUCUGAGAAGCACGGAAUCCAACAAUAUGACAUCAGUAGACUCCGAGUCAUCUAAAAACUCAUCACCAGUCCCAACACCGCGACAAAACUCACGGGAAUCUCCAUUCGAAACCGAGAAAAAGACCUCAUUCUUGGUUGGAAAGUUCAACUCAAGACAGGCCAAAUCCCCACCCAAACAGCUAAACGAUCAACGAGACGACAAGAAGCAUAAAGACCUUGUUAAGGACACAAAACGUCAUAAGGAGGCAAAAGAGAAGUCACCUCUAAAAGCAUCGCCCCCAUGUGAAACCAAGGAUUCAGAAGGCACACCAACGCUGAAACGAUUCUUGAAUAACGCCGGAUGUAUGCCACGACUUAGACGCGAUUCGGAUGACAAGUAUUACGCUAGUGAUGAAAAUGUAGCCAGAAGAUCAAGUCCGCCAGGUAAAAAAAGACCAAGUUCGACCCGUAAAAGAACAAAAGGUACCUGAAACUAAUGGAAACGAUUUCAAAUUUUUCAAAAACAAAGUCGCCGAACUACCAGAAGAUGUUGUUACGACAGAGAAAACAAAAGAAAGGACUUCAGAAAGAAACAGCAAUGAAGCUGCUGUUGAUAAAAUUAGAAUAAACGGGCAAAAUACUCCUCUUCAUAAUGACAUCUUGAAGAAGAAUGGCCCGCCACCUCCAGUGCCGGAGAAACCAAGCUUUUUGAAGAAAAAAGCAGAUGGAAAACCCGGUGAAACAGUGGGCAAAGACUUCGUACAGGUAAAAACUUACAUUAGUUUUUAUAAUUUAUCACAAGACGACAAAAUCUUGUUUGGUAUAGUGCAAGAUUAUGCGAUAGAAAGAAAAAAACGUAAAAAUGCAUAAAAUUUCACGUUUUGUAGGGGAACGCGAAAUACAUAAGGUUUUACGUUUUUUUCUAUAACUUUUCUCAGCUUUUUAUUGGUUUUGAUUGCUUUCGCUAAUUUUUCUCAUGGUCAUGGGACGCUUUGUCGAUUCUGCGGUACAAAAUAUAUUUUUUUGUUUUAGUCAACACGUUCCUAUGUUCCUGGCCACAAUCCGACAGUUACCUUUACGCCGCAACAAGUAACUUCACCAAGCGCGGGUCUCAAGCCAAAUCGAAAUGAAAGUCCUGUUGAUCCGGUGCUGAAAACGACUCCAACGAAGCCGAAGGAUCCUUCACCAGCUUCUUCCACUGAUGGCUCUAGUUCUUUGUCUCCGGAAAUGCAGAGAUUACGAGAUGCUCAACAGAGACUCGAAGAACUUUUGCCUCCUCAAGAUGAACUUGAGAAGCGGCAAAGUGUGAUAUUGGAAAAGUUGAUGGAAGAACAUCAACGGUUGAAGGAAGAAGCAGAACGAGAGGCUGAGAGGGAGAGAUUGGCGUAUGAGGAUCAAAGUAAGUGUUUCGAUAAUUUUUUAUUGUUUUAACAGUUUUAGGUAGUAAGAUAAUUUUUUGAUUAAAUAAUAGGUUAAAAGUCAAAAUUUCCGAUUGAAAGUUUCGGUUUGGACUUUGAACGUUAUGGAAUGUUAAUAAUUUAGGUAUCCUGUAGAAUGUUUACUUGUGUUUUGUUGUUGAUUGUUUAAAAACUGAUUUCAGAGAGGAAGUCGAAGGAGGCAGAGGCUCAGAUUCGAGCGAUAGCUCAAAAAGCACGUGAACAGCACGAAAAGAAUCUGCGAACGUCCACUGCUCUUUUGCCAAUGCUUCAUAAAACACAAUCUGAAGAUGCUCGAGCUCAGAACUUGAGAGAUGUUGUGUAAGUUGAUUUUGAUGUUAAUAUAGAUAAGCAAAUUGAAUUGUAUGAUUUAUAUAUUUUAUCUAUUCUAACAUUUUUAGUAUAAAAAAUAUAAUAAUGAAGCAAUUUUACAGUAAGAACAUGCCGCGACCUCCAAAGCCGAAGAAUCGUGAAGAAAUCAUCGACUGGUUCAAACGACAAGAACAAUCAAAUGGCGCAGGAAUCGAUCCAUGGACGAAACGACCAUUUGUCUGGUUUCAUGGAAUCAUUUCCAGAAGUGAAGCCGACAAUUUACUGGCCAAUCAACCUCCAGGCGCCUUUAUCGUACGAAUAUCAGAGAGGAUAUGGGGUUACACAGUCAGUUAUGUUGUUGGUGGGCCUGAAUUGAAACAUUUUCUGGUGGAGAGGAUUCCAGAAGGCUAUCAGUUUUUGGGUACGAAUCAGGUGGUGCACAAGACGCUACAGGAUUUGGUAGAUUAUCAUGAGGUAGGUUUAGGUGUUUUCAUUGAUUUAAAAUUGAUUUUUAGGGCAGUUAUUGCCUUUCGAACAAACUUUUAAUUUUCUUACCGUAUCUUUUGUUUUUUAGGGGUUUUUAUAAGUGCGACAGUUCGAUGCCAUCGCAAAGGCUUUUUGUGUUUUUUUCCAUUUGGUUAUCUUUAAAAUACCACGUCGUUGAAACCCCAAAAAACAAGAAGUUAUUUCGAAACCGCUUUAUCAGUUAAUUGCCUUUCUAGACCAAACCCAUUACGUCAAAAGGGCAGGAAUGUCUACUGUACCCAGUGGGCCAGCAAGACCCCAACAGUCCGGACUAUGCCAACCUCUUCGACCAGUUACCAAUGGCUAGCGGAGGCUACAACAAUGGUGGACUACUUUCUAGUCGGUUCUUUCAAUCUUCUCCUUCAUUGACUGUUCAUCGAUGA